AUGCAGCGACUCACCCGCACGGCUUUGGCGCUUGGCAAGACGCAGCUCCGCUCCAGCUCCGCGCUCGUCGCGACGGUACACCAAGCGACCGCGACGCCCCAAGGCCAGGCCCGCGCCGGCGCUCUCCUUGCGCUUGCAGGCUCGGUCGCGCUCUUCACGACGGCUGCCUGCGACGCCUCCAAGUGGGACCUCCCCGACAAGUCGCAGUGCACGGCCGAGGACUUCUUGUACCCUGCGAUCAAGCCGUACAAGACAGGUCGUCUUCAAGUGUCGCCGACGCACAGCAUUUACUACGAAGAGUGCGGCAACCCGAAGGGUAAGCCCGUCGUGCUUGUGCACGGUGGUCCUGGCGGUGGCUGCACGCCGACGAUGAACCGGUACCACGACCCAAAGGUCUACCGCAUCAUCGCCUUCGACCAGCGUGGUUCAGGCCGCAGCACGCCCCAUGCGUCGCUCGAAGACAACACGACGUGGCACUUGAUCGCUGACAUGGAGAAGCUGCGCGAAGAGCUUGCGAUUGAAAAGUGGCAGGUGUUUGGCGGCUCGUGGGGCUCGACGCUCUCGACGGCGUACGCCGAGAUGCACCCGACGCGCGUCACGGAGCUCGUGCUUCGUGGUAUCUUCCACAUCCGCGACAAGGAAAUCCAGUUCUACUACCAGUCGGGCGCGAGCUUCAUCUACCCCGACCGCUGGGAGGCGUACCGCGACGCGAUCCCGGUGGACGAGCGCCACGACUUCCUCUCGGCGUACCACCGCCGGCUCACGAGCCCGGACGAGAAGGUGCGGCUCGCCGCGGCGCUCGCGUGGACGACGUGGGAGAUGUCGACGAGCAACCUCAAGCCGCCGACGGACGCGGUCGACAAGUCGAUGGCCAACGCGCGCUUCGCCGAGGCGUUUGCGCGCAUCGAGAACCACUACUUUGUCAACAAGGGCUUCCUCCCGACGCCCAACUUUCUCAUCGACAACGUGUAUAAGAUCCGGCACAUCCCGACCGUGAUCGUCCAGGGCCGGUACGACGUCGUGUGCCCCAUGGAGACGGCGUGGGAGUUCCACAAGGCGUUCCCCGAGGCCGAGUUUCACAUCGUGCAGACCGCGGGCCACUCGGCGGGCGAGCCCGGCAUCGUCGCCGAGCUCAUCAAGGCCACCAACAAGUUCAAGCCGUAG